AUGUUGGCUAGAAUAUGGACAUUUGUAUUGAGAGUAAUUAGCGUUUCCUUUUUUCUUUGGAUAAUCUUGUCUACUGCGGUACCUCAAAUUAUAGCUAAAUAUAGCCUUUCUAACGGUUCUGAGAAUGUUUAUUGUCCCUAUAAUUCGAUAACAUCUCCUUCACCUUUGCCAAUACGUGAUGCUAAUGUAUAUUUCAUAAUUGGACACCCUGAUGAUGAGGUGAUGUUCUUUUCGCCAACAUUAAUAGAGCUAAAUAAAAAAGAACAUAAUAAUAAAGUGAAAUUGAUCUGCUUCUCGAAUGGUGAUGCAGUCCAUGAAUCUAUGGGUAAGGUACGAACAGAAGAAUUAUACAAAUCAGGAAGUAUAUUAGGCCUCAAAGAAAACGAUAUAAAAGUACUUGAUAAAUUUAAAGAUGGUAUGGAUGAAAAAUGGGAUACGGAUACUAUUCAAAAGACAUUGGAAGAAAUGGUUGGCAAGAAAUCGAAGGGUCCAUUGGUAUUAAUUACAUUUGAUGAAAAUGGAGUAUCGAAACACCCUAAUCACAUUUCUCUUUAUCAUGGUACCAAGAAGUUUUACCAAACUUAUUACUGCAAGACUGGCCGCAAUGGUAAAUUCUAUGUUUUAAAGACCUUAAAUUUUUGGGAGAAGUAUUCCUUUAACAUAUUAACUAACGUGGAAUUGUUCGUAGAUCACUUAUCUAAAUUGCUAAUUAGCAAUGUUUUGAAGAUCAAGGUGAAUAUUAGUUUUUUCAAUAAUAAAACUAGAAAUCAGUCUAUUAAGAUAUAUUCUGAUUUGAAUAUGCUCAGCGUUAGUUAUGCUGCUAUGUCAUAUGGUCAUUAUUCACAGAUGGUUUGGUUUAGAUAUGGAUGGUUAAUUUUAAGUAGAUACUUGACUUUCAAUCAUUUAAUCGAGAUUAAUUAG